AUGGCUGCUCGCCUCUGCGCCAACCCGGCGCUCGCCGGCAAGGCCUCUAGCUUCACGGGCAGCCGCGUGCAGUCCGCCCGCCUCUCGGUGCCCCAGACCGGCCGCGGGGCCCUCCAGACGCGCAUGGCGCGUGUGGGCGGCGUGGAAAUCCCCAAUCCCAAGCGCAUCCAGACGUCCCUCACGUACAUCUACGGGAUCGGCCCGACCACGGCCGCGUCCAUCAUGAGCGCCACGGGCCUCGAGAACAAGCGCACCCACGAGCUCAGCGAGGACGAGCUCCAGCUGCUCCGUAACGAGGUGGACCAAUACAUGACGGAGGGUGACCUGCGCAGGUUCAACGGGCUCAACAUCAAGCGCUUGAUCGAGAUCCAGUGCUACCGUGGCAAGCGCCACCAGUCCGGGCUGCCUCUGCGCGGCCAGCGGACGAAGACGAACGCGCGCACGCGCAAGGGCCGCAGGAAGACGGUCGCCGGCAAGAAGAUCGCCAAGAAGUAA